AUGGACGUCAUAACAAGUUCUAGUUUCACUUCAAUUUCUCCAUUGAUAUUUGAUGGAGACAACUACCAAGUUUGGGCAGUUCGUAUGGAAGCUUAUAUGGAAGAUUUGGAUAUUUGGGAAGCAGUGGAAGAGGAUUAUGAAAUUCCUGCUCUUCCAGACAAUCCUACCAUGGCACAAAUCAAAGCGCAAAAGGAGAAGAAGACAAAGAAAUCCAAGGCAAAGGCAUGUCUGUUUGCUGCAGUCUCAUCUACUAUCUUCACUAGAAUUAUGACUCUGAGAUCAGCAUAUGAGAUAUGGAAUUAUCUCAAGUCAGAAUAUGAGGGAGAUGAAAGAAUCAAAGAAAUGCGUGUGCUAAACUUGAUUCGAGAAUUCGAGUUGCAGAAGAUGAAGGAAACAGAAUCAAUUAAAGAGUAUUCUGUUAGGUUAUUGGACAUUGCAAACCAAAUCAGAUUACUUGGUUCUGUGUUCAAGGACUCAAGAAUUGUAGAAAAAAUUCUUGUAUCAGUGCCUGAAAAAUUUGAGGCAUCUAUUUCUGCCUUAGAAAAUACCAAAGAUUUGACUCAAAUCACUCUUGCAGAGAUACUCAAUGCUUUGCAAGCGCAGGAACAAAGAAGAGCCAUGAGGCAAGAAGGUGCUGUUGAAGGAGCCUUGCCAGCGAAGCAUCAUGAGAACGUUAGGAACAAUAAGUAG